ACGCACGUUGUCCAAGACCAGCCAUUUCCUGCCACUAGUGAGAAACCUGAACAAUGAGACCUAAAAUGACAUAUUCAACCUCCCAAAUUUCCCCAGCCAAGCUGAGCAAUGCAACAGGCAAAGCCCUGGUGAAGUCUUGCAAGCUAAGAAGAUCCCAACACAAAACCAAAGAAAUCUGCCAUGUCUACUACAUGAGGCUCCGUUCUGGCCUCGCCAUAAGAAAGGAGACCUGUUACUUUGAGAAAGAACCCACUGAAAGUUAUUCACUGAAAUCAGGUAGAAAGCGUGAAAGGAACUUCCUUGCCUUCCCCCAGGAUGCUACGAAACGCUCCAUGUUUGAGGCAGGCAGUUUCCAAGAAUGUGUCAAAUCACCUGACAGAGAAAGUAUCCGAGAGGCCUGUGCUUCCCUGAGCACAUACAAUGACCAAUCUGUUAGCUUCAAAGUUUUGGAGAAUGGACGCUACGUGAUCAAUGUUGAAGACUGUGGAAAAGACCAAGAAAAAGACAAGAUGCUGCUGCAUUACUAUGAGUCUCCCCAUUCCUCAAAUGAAUCAGGUGAUGGUGUGGAUGGUAAGCUGCUGAUGGUGAACAUGAGUCCUCUCAAGGACACGGACAUCAGACUGCAUGCCAAUGACAAGAACCACUCUGUGAAGCUGGAAAAGUGCCAAGCUCCUCUACCAGAAGAGGUCUUUUUCGUCCUUCACAAAAAGUCCUCCGACUAUGUGUCAUUCGAGUGUAAGAAUCACCGUGGGACAUACAUAGGAGUGAAAGAUAACCAGCUUGCUCUAAUACAAGAAAAGAACAACGACAGUGAAAAUAUCAUGUUUAAAAUUUCUAAAGUUUAAUGGAACAAGAAACUUGUGGGUUCUGGGUUGAACGACUAAAGGAAGGGUGUUACCACUAAAGAAAGGGCGAGAGAAAGAAAGAGACAUCUAAGAGAAUGGUUAAGAUGCUGUGGAAUGUUACUAUAUAUAAAAAUUCUUUUCUUUUCCUCUGUACCACUACACAUGCAAUAAGAGCAUGAUAUAUGGCAUAUGGCAUUUGGUAAGGAAACUGAAAGAUAUUCAACCUUGGCAUUUACUUUUGUCUGCUUUGAGUCCUGAAUGAAUUCACACUUGCAGAUCUCUCCAAUGCUCUAGACAAGGGUCCAUUUUUAAAAAGCCUUAAAAAAAAUACACAAUUUUCCCUGGUUCUAAACAAAAGGUUGAAAUACUAGAGCAGCUAACAGAGGACCAGUUGCUGACCAGGUUGACUGUUUCUCAUUCAGAAUAAAGCACCAAAUGUAUUGGUAGAUGCCCCAGGCAACCCUCAGACCAGCUCUUUCUGUCAAGAAAUCUAGCAUUCCAAAUAUCUACAUUCCUAAACAGGUAGGAUUAAUGUGUGAAAAGGUAGGAUAACUGAAAAAAAAAAAGAAAGAAAGAAAAAGAAAGCCAGUAUUUGUGACAUGGAAUAAUGUUACCUAUAGUUGUUUCCUUGGGGUAGGGGGUUGGAGACAGGGUUUUUCUGUGUAACAGUCAUGGCUGUCUCAUAACUCUUUCUGUAGCCCAGACUGACCUCAAACUCAAAGAGAUUUACCUGCCUCUGCCUCUGCCUCUGCCUCUGCCUCUGCCUCUGCCUUCCAAGUGCUGGGGUUAAAGAUGUGUACCACCACUACCCAGCUACUUGUUUUCUUUCUAGAAUUCUGAUGAUUUUUUUUUAAAGAUAUCAGUUUAAGUUUAAGCAAGCCAAGCUUACAUUAGGACAUGGAACACAUUUUCAUUCAUAAUUGUGAUUAAUAGCAUUGGCCAUAUUUAACAAACUUAAACUCUUCUGCAAGUACCGACCAGGGCAUAUAUUAGGGUAUCCAAGUAGAACAGGAUCCCACAGUGAGGUCCUCGUAGAAAGACAUUGAAUUAAUUUCAGAUUUUCAAUGUUUGUGACAUGCUGUGUCCUUCUCACCAAUUUCCAAGAGCUGUCACUUUGGAUGUGUGCAUCGACUUGGAUGAAAUUUCUCGAUGGCUUGCUACACUUACACAAAAAUUCUUUUGUCAUUUGAGUUCACAGUAGCACUGUUCACUGUGGGAUAUAUUAGCUUAACUUUUACUCUUUCUUUGGUUCUUCUAACCAACGAAUCCUUAACGUAUCUCCUAUUCCCUAAGCUUCAUUUUUGUUUUCUCUGACAUCUAUAUGCCAAAGCUUCUAUUCUGCUUGGUUUAUUUUGCACUGUGGAAUUUUAUGUAUACAUAUCUACUGGUUUCAAGUUUGUUCACUAAAAGUUUGUGUGUGUGUGUGUGUGUGUGCUUUACUGUUACUAAAAUUUAUAUUAACCAUAUAGUAAUAGUUUGAGCUACUGAAGGAAUAGCUUUGCUUACUUAGACAACAGCAAUUUCUACUAUAUCUUAUUAGCUUAAAAUGUAAAGCAAAUGUGAAAGAUCACAACAGAAAACUGAUGGAAUAUAAUAUGACCAUUUCUGAAAGUGUAAGCUUUUAGUUUUCAGUUGAUAAAAGCUAUUGUAUAUAAUAGCUGAUGGAAUGUAUGAUAAAAGAGGCUUGGAAUUGCUUUAUAAGGCCAUACAAUUAUAGCAUGAUGUAACUGUCUCAUUAAUCUUCACUGUUUUACUAUGGAAACAAAAGUAAAAGCACAAUCUAUGUCAUCCCCCUAGAAACCACAGUGUUGACUACAUGAAUUUGUACAAUAAACUUAAAUAAUAAUUAAGUAGCCAAAUAUAUCUGUGAUGUUGUUUAUAACUUUGAAUAAACUGUUUGGCAAAACCA